AUGAUUCCCCCAUCACAACAGGGACCGACCCAGCUCGAGUCGGGAAACUUCUUCCACCGAUCAGGCGUGGAUUACAGCAGGAACAUCGAUGAAGCCGCCAAGAUACAGAGAAUCUCGCAAGAUGCUCACACAUUACACAAGCUUGCCCAGUCCUACGAUAUAGGCCAAUUCUUGAACAAACCAUCAAUCGCCUCGACCUCCUCCGCCAACGACAUAGACAUAUCAGCUGUAGUGACCCUCGCUGCAAACAUUUCUCAAGCUCUCGAUGAGAUAGUUCGAUCUGUGCCACGUCGGCAAAUCUCUGAAGACGGCGGUACCGAGCAUAAAGCGACACGACGCUCAAGGUCCCCACCGUCAAACAACAUCCGACCGGUAUCACCAAAGCAAUGUCAUACAUGCGGCGUCACCGAGACACCCCGCUGGCGACGCAGCGCCCCAGACUCCCCUCUUCUCUGCAAUUUCUGCAGCUUGGUCCAGUCCAAGCGAGCAACACGUACGCGUUCUGGUUCAAUGGCUGCUUCUGUUUUCACCAGAAUCAGUCAUCCAUGA